AUGGGGAAAUUCUUGUCGAAAGUCUUUGGUAAUAAAGAGAUGCGGAUUCUCAUGUUGGGGCUAGAUGCUGCCGGCAAGACCACACUGUUGUACAAGAUGAAACUAGGCCAGUCUGUGACAACCAUCCCCACUGUUGGCUUCAAUGUUGAAACUGUCACGUACAAGAAUGUCAAGUUUAAUGUAUGGGAUGUCGGGGGACAGGACAAAAUACGACCCUUGUGGAGGCAUUAUUUCACAGGAACUCAGGGGCUGAUCUUUGUGAUAGACUGUGCUGAUCGUGAUCGCAUCGAUGAGGCUCGCCAGGAGCUCCACCGUAUCAUCAAUGACCGUGAGAUGAGAGAUGCCAUCAUCCUUGUGUUCGCCAACAAACAGGAUCUUCCAGAUGCCAUGAAGCCCCAUGAAAUACAAGAGAAGCUAGGAUUAACACGAAUCAGGGACCGUAACUGGUAUGUGCAACCAUCUUGUGCCACAACAGGCGAUGGACUGUUUGAAGGCUUGACUUGGUUGACCUCCAACCACAAGUCCUGA